CGCCGCCGGCUGUUUUCGGGCGCGCGCGUACAUGUCAGAGGAGAAUGAGAUGGCGCUACCGAGGCUGGUCAUUCUGGAGCUGCUGCUUUAUGCCAGCUGCUUCAUCUGCGGGAUCGUCACUGCAGCUUCGCUUAUUAUCGUACAGGGGGAGUUUGCCGGGCGCUGCAUGCUCUAUGGCACAGUCAGCUAUAACGCCACGGCCCAGUCCCUCGGGGUGGACAGCUCCAGCCCCACCUCCCUCUGCUUCUUCGUCACCGUCAUUUCUGUGUUCAUGGGGGUCUACUGCUUCUCUCUUACCCUGUACUGGAUCUACACCUGCUGUAUGGGCGAGGAAGUCAGCAGGGCGCGUGUCUGGAUGAAUGUGAGUCUCGUGGUGUGUGGGAUUUUUCUCUUCUUCCUCCUAGUGUCUGGGUGCAUCCUGAAGAUUGGGAGAGACCGUCUCUGUGACUCCAUACUGCGCAAUACCACAAUAAAAAGUUGUGAGGACGCUCAGACUAAGAGGUGGAUCAGCCCGUACCAUGGCGAGCGGUUCUACUCCGGCCUGCACAGUGCCGAGGGGGCAGUGUGGGUGAACUUCUUCUUCUGGAUGCUUAUCUUCAUGGUGGUGAUGUUCCAGAAGUAUCAGGCGUCAGAGUUCACCAUAGAAGAAGGAGAGCACGUUUCCCCAUCAGAGUCAAACCCUAUUCUUGGCCGAACAAGUAGGCACCAGUGACCCUUGUUUGAGGGUUGGCUAACAUCCAUCAUAACACAGUCCCAGGCUGGAGAAAUCCUUGGAUGAAUUUUUAACCUAUUAGAACUCAUUUCACUUGAAAAACCUAAUUAAUCUGUUGCCAUGGUAACUUACUCUUGUCCAUCAUACUUGGCCUCACCUGUGUCUGGACAUCCAUUCAGUUAGAGCACCACAUAUUGAGCUCUUCACUUCUAUGAAGUCUUCGUCUCUCUGUCACCUGGUCUAAACAUUUUCUCCACUGAUUUACACUGAAUUGAAUGGGUAUGUUACAGUAUUUUCACCACUAAAUAGAAAUGUCCAAUCAUAUACAUUCAUAUCUUUAAUAAUAAUUAAAAUGUUUCCUUAGUUGUCAGAUUAAUAGCCUGAAAAAAAUUCAGUGUUUUUUCCAACAGAAUAAUAUUAAUCCUAAAUUAUAACCAUAGUGCUGAUAGCCAGGUAUUCGUGUUGUGUUUCUGGUUUACUAUAUAAUCUGCAUUCACAAACUAGUUAAUGUGCUCAGAUGUGAACACAUUAACACCAUUAUACUGGGAGUGUUUAUUGGUUUGUGUACCAAGCCUUUUGCAGUUAGGGUUCUUUUUUCUAUAUUUCCACUGAGCUUUUGGAUUUAUUACCUGGGAAAAGGAUCAGGCUUUAAGUUAAGUUGGGCCUGGACUGCUUGCCUCAGUAGUGUUCGUUCUGAAAUGGUGGCACUUCCUGUGAAGUCCCUGCUGAUGCCAGUUUGCUCGUACGCACAUGCGUCUGACAAAAUUGUUUACUUAAAAACCUCACUGAACACUUUAUCUAAUAUCGAAAUUACGCAGUUAAGGAAAGACAGAAAAAGCUUAGAGUUUUUUUCCAGCUAACUGACACUCGCAGGUGUUGUUUGACUGUGUACAUGAUUUUUUAUAAAGAAUGGCAGUAUGGAUGACAAAGGCCUACUAAGUGCAGCACAGGACUGAAUCAGUCUAUGUAAAUUUCCUAAUUCUUAUCUGUGUGCAGGUCAGUUUACUAUAGCACUGUUGACGAGAUAAGCAGCAGAUAGAUGAUUUAAUGGACAUUAGAUCAAACUUUUGCAGUUGAAAGUAGUUGACUGAGGCUCAUUUGGGCAGGUGGGCGUUAACUUGGGUAACCAUUGUUUGGAAAGUAAAGAGAAAACAUCUAGAGAAAACCAGCUAACCCAUCGACGUCACUCACAAUCACAGUGUUUGCUUCUCUGCUAACCACAGUUUGGGUUACUAUUGAAAAAUAAUCAAUCAGCAUCAUUUUUAGAAGUGCUUUUUUACUGUUUUUAAAAUAAAUGUAUUACUGGUGUUCCUUAGAGCACUUGUUUGCAUGUGGAUGUGAUGACAAUGAAUGACAAUAAAUAUUUCUUCUGUGUGA